UCCUGGUUCAUAGGUUGAUGCUCAACCAUUGAGCCACACCAGCUGGGCAGGGUCUGUGUCUUAAUCACUAUUUUAUCUUACUUAGUGUCUGGCAUAUGAAAGAGAUGAGGUGGGUGGAUGGGAGGGUGGGUAACCAAUUGGAAAAUACUCUUUGGUGAUUCCCCUGAUUCUCCCCACAGUUUUUCCUUUACUUGGAGAAAAGCUCCCCAGUAUGGGCAGCGUCCCCCGGGUAUGGAAGAGCAUCUUACCCUGAUAGCCUUCUUUUCACCCCCAUCUUCCUGGAAACAGAAAGAACUUCAGGAACAGGGGGAGAUCAGAGUCAUCCAGCUGGGCUUCGACCUGGACGCCCACGGGAUUGUUCUCACCGAGGACUACAGGACCAGAGUCCUCAAGGCCUGCGAUGGCCGGUCCUACGCUGGGGCCGUGCAGAAGUUUCUGGCUUUGGUGCUUCCAGCCUGUGGGGACCUUAGCUUCCAGCAGGACCAAAUGACGCAGACCUUUGGCUUCAGGGACACAGAGAUCACGCAGCUGGUCAACGCCGGAGUCCUCACUGUCCGAGAUGCCGGGAGUUGGUGGCUGGCUGUGCCUGGAGCUGGGAGAUUCAUUAAGUAUUUUGUUAAAGGGCGCCAGGCUGUCCUUGGCAUGGUCCGGAAGGCCAAGUACCGGGAGCUACUCCUGUCGGAGCUCCUGGCCCGGCGGGCGCCUGCCUCGGUGAGACUCGGCCUUGCCUACCAUGUGCACGACCUCAUCGGGGCCCAGCUGGUGGACUGGUGAGUCUUGCCCCCAGCCUCUGGCAGUGAGAGCAACAACCCAGAGCAGAGUGUCUCAACCACUUCUGGAACCCUUCUGCGCCUGCCGGAGACGUGAGGGUCUGCUCACCGCGACAAGCCUUCCCGGAGCCGGGCCUGGGGGCCAGGCGUGCUGCCCAGCAGGGGCCGAGCCAGGGUCACCUUGCGAAAGCUUGGCCAGGAGGAUGCGCGAUGGACCCGAGGACGUGCAGUGCCAGGCGUGACUGCUGCUGUUGACCUGGGCUCCGGGCCAGGGCGGGGUUUGGGCAGUGCUUCGGGGGCCUGUGGACAUGGAGCCAGACCCCAUGCCAGGGCCAUGGCCGCUGCCUCUGGGGCAGCACGGUGCUGCUGUUACUGUCUUGGGGUAGGAAGGCGGGGUUUCCGAGGGGCAGGUGAGGGGGGCGGGGUUCUCUGCCCUACAUGUUGGAUUGAAACAGCCAAAUAAAGUACUUCUGCUGGUGCUC